CGGAGCAUGAGGUCCCCUGAAGAGGGCCCCGGGAGCAGACUGAAGACAGCAAUGGCGUCACACACACAGCUACUUUUGGACACGCUCAGCGUGAACCUGCCAGCGGGGUCGCAGGAGCUGCUGGCGGAGCCGGCGUGGCAAGACACAGCGCUGCAGUACUUGACGGAGCUGCUCGACGCAGACGACGUGGAGACGCUGCUCGACACGGCGACGCCGCUGCCGGGGAGCGUCAAGGGCGGCGGCGGCGGCGGCGUCGGGAUAGCGGAGCAGAUAGCAGAGCUGGCGAACGAGUCGGUGCUGCUGGACAAGAAGAUCUUUGGCCGACUGAACUCGUCGGCGACGUCGAACUUGGCGCUCGUGCUGCACACCAACACGGUGUUCCACGAGUCGUUCGAGAACUUCGACAGCCUGGUGCUGCUGGCGCAGGAGCUGGUGGAGCUCGACACGAUGGCCGGGUGGAAGACGCAGGUGGCGGCGGUGAACAGCAGCCUCGGGCUGGCGGCAGGCGGCAGCGGCAGCGCAAGGCCCGGCCCGCACGACGACAUCGUCUCGGCGACGUACAGCACGGAGCUGUCCUCGAUCCUGCAGAACCUGCAGAGCCUCACCGAGAUCCUCGAGCUUCCGGCCAUCACGCACUCGCUCAUCAAGCUCGGCCAGUACUCCGAGUGCAUCGAGAUCUCGUCGCUCUCCAAGCGCCUCCGCAUCCGCUACAACGACAUCGACCUCGUGGCCCGCAUCGAGGAAAACAUCACCUACGAGAUCAACGACAUGGUGCGCAAGCUUUCCAGCCUGCUCAUGACCAACCUCAAGCAGGCGUCCAUGAUCAAAAUCCUCUCCUACCUCAAGCGCAUCAUCGGCAACCGCGACCAGCUCAAGUCCAUCUUCUUCCACUCCCGCUACAAGUUCAUCACCGACGAGUUCGACACCCUGCUCCCGCUCAAGCAGUCCCGCCUCAUCGAGAAGUACCUCAAGCGCACCCUCGAGAUCUUCCGCGAGUUCUGCUUCCAGACCGUCAUCACCUUCGAUUCCGUCUUCGACCGUGACCGCCACCUCACCUACGUCUUCCUUCGCUCCCUCACAGACCGCCUCUGCGCCAUUCUCGUCGAAAACCUCCCUCUUCUUGCCGAGGACUCCGCCUGCGACAGCCUUCUUCUUCAGCUCAUCUACUGCUGCCAGUCGCUCAGCCGCGUCGGCGGCGACUUUACCGCUUCCGUCCUCCGCCAGCUACAGCCCGCCGUCGACCAGCGCCGCCUUCUCACCAUUGUCAGGAAGCAGAAGGAGCUUGUCCGCAGCCUCAAUCGUGUCUAGUACUCCUCCAUACUCCCUUUGUACUUAUCUCAUGUACCUUCUGUACCUACUCCUUCUCUCGCA